AUGCCUUCCAGAAUCGAGGAGAACAAAUACGAAAUCAUGGAUAUACUUAUCAGAAUCAACCAUGCCGGAGACCAAAUCAAAGAGAAUACACUGCAAAUCGAACAAAUCAUGGCCUCUGGUGUUGUCACUCAAGAAGAAGACUGUACGAUCAGAAAUUGCAGAAAAUUGAUCGAGUUUUCGAAUGGUCAACUGGCUAGUUACAAGUAUUACCUAUCAUGGUGCUUGUGUGCAGAGGGAAUAAGUGAUGAAGAGAGAAUCGAGGCGGGAAGAAAGGCAUACUUGCUUCAUCAAGCUGCUUGGGCUUGCUUGGAAGAACCCAUCUAA